AUGGGAAACUCGACCUGGUUUUUUGCUGUUCUUCUGUUAUCAUUUCCAAUACUUUCAUGUUCUUACUGGUGGUAAGUUUAAACUUCUAACUGAAUAUAAGAAUUUUCACGAGUUCCACCGGAAAUUUGUUCUCAAAAUAAUGCAAGAAGUGUUAAAAGUAAGACAUAAGUGGAAAGUCUUCAUGACUACAUAUAAUUUGUUUCUGUUAUGCAUGUAUUAGGUUUAUGUCUCAACUGUACGAUCUUGAUGCUCAAGUUAUGUGCAACAGAGCUGGUUUAGUUAAAGACCAAAAACGAUUUUGCGAAGAAUAUCCUGAUAUUGCGAUCAGUAUCGGGAAAGGUGCGAGACUUGGUGUGCAAGAGUGUCAGAAACAGUUAAAGGAAGAGUUAUGGAAUUGUUCAAUAGUUGCUCGGGAUGUCAGCAUUUUCGGAAAAGUUCUGCGAAAAGGUAAAAGAAUCAGUUAUAGUGGGGUGUACCACGCGUAUGGAAAAGCCAAAUAAAAGAAAAUUUGUCAGAUAAACUGUUACAGCAUGAAAAAAUGUAUGUACUUUAAAAGAGAAAAUUACAAGAAGGUAUAUAACAUGUUAUAAAACAAAUGAUGGUUAAAAAUGUCUUAGUCAUUUCUAAGGACCUCUCUGAGCGUUUAGCCCGCUCCUUAAGGCCCAGGUGCUUGAAAGGCCAGUUAGCGCAACUUACCUUCCAAAAGAUUGUUUUUAGUAUCAUACAUUCUGUGCCGGUUAUCAUAACCUUAUCUUAGAGUAAAGGCUCAAAAAUAUUUUAUAAGCUCCAAUUGUAUGUUCUAGACGAAAAAAAUUUGCUUAUAAAAUUUGGGUUAAACCCAGGAUUAAACUUCACGAUGGAACCGCGGGCCCUGUUCGACUGGUGAAUUUUUCUUCGAAUUUUAAUACGUCGUAAUUUUUCUUGCAAAUUGUGUCUCAACUAAAUCACAAGAAAAGAUUGAAAAAAAACUUGUUCAGUGUUACAGCCUUUAUCCGUAUAUUGUUGUUUUUCUUUCCGUUAUUUUUGCUGAUUCAGUUCUGACAUUGGAAUGAUGUGGCUUUGUUUCAGCAUCUCGAGAGACCGCCUUUAUUUAUGCCAUAACCUCUUCCGGGGUUGUUCACAAAAUAACGAAAGCUUGUGCUCGUGGUGUGCUGAGAAAUUGUGCUUGCAAUAAUACUCAGCUAGCUGAAGGAACAUAUGAUAGUCGAGGAUUCGAGUGGGGUGGAAGUAAUGACAACAUUGAAUAUGGUUUGAAAUACGCCAGUGAGUUUAUAGAUUCUCGAGAAAAGGAACAAGACGUAAGAGCAAAGGUUAACCUUCACAACAACUUUGUGGGACGACAGGUAAGGAUACAUCGUCUGAAUGGUAUACUGUUUUUUUUUUUCUCGCAAGAACUGGGUUAAGUUGACUUGUCUCAAUGGCAUCCGAUGUUAUCUUUAAAAACCGCUGACUUCAUUUAUUUAGUUGAGUAAAAUGUUUCUUAAUUGUUUUUGUGUCAAGAACUUUCUCGUUCCAAAGACACACAUGAAAUAAGGGGGUUCUGUGACGCCUCGCUUCAGCUCGGCAUCACAGAACGUUUUUCAUGUAUACGAGGUACCCAACACUCGGACUCAAACGCAAAUGAAAUACGCAAAUGCGUGAAGUUGUUGCAUUAUAACUACAUUCCAUACAACACCUGGCAACAGGCACAUUCCUGAAAAAACCUAACAACCAGCAACUUAGAAAACUGUUUUACAACUUAGGUUGAGAGUCGUCAGUUGUUAGGGUUUUUCAAGAAUGUAAUAUUGUUUUACAUGUGAAAUUCGAUUGUUUCAUCAUUUACGUUUCAGCAGAGCUCGUGAUAUUCCAUUGUUUUUAAAUUUACCUAACAACCGAACACUCGAAGGAAAAAGCCCGCCGCUUAAAAUUGCCUUUGAUAAUGUAUACUUAAUGGUCGCUGGGUAGAACUAUAUGGCAUAAUAUGGCAGGCCUUCGCGUUCAAAAGUCGAUAUCAUGAUAUCAUUCCUGAUAUCGUGAUAUCAGACCAUGAGAUCAUGAUAUCAUUGCCCCCGCAUCCUAGUAGCUUGCGCGUGUAUAAAGGAAAGUACUUACAGUUGACAUACGCAGUUAGUAUACCAAAAGAAAGCUCGAUCUGCUUGAACAGGGGCCGCGAGGAAUCGUGGGUAAUAAUGACGUUUCUAUUGUUUAGGAUGACGUAAAACAGAAAAUCCCCAAAGGGACCCCUUGGGUUGAUUUUGUGACAGUCGUUGCAAAGUCAUGCCGUAAAAUUCCGAAAAUAAGCCCCUCCAAAUAUAAGCCCCCCAAACUCGUGACGCAAAAAACCCUCCGUUACAUCGCCCCUCCGAAUAUAAGCCCCCUGGGGGGCUUUUACUUAGAAAUUGCCCUCAAAUACAAAGUAGAACAAAGCAAAAACUCAGUUUAAAUUUCCUUCCAACUAUAAGCUAGCCCAAUCGAUUUUGAAACGCAAAUUUCCCUCCGUACCUAAGCCCCUCCUAACACAAGCCCCUCAAAAAGGGCCUUUGAAAAAAUAUAAGCCUCGGGGCUUAUUUUCGGAAUUCUACGGUAGUUCGAUACUCUUAUGCGUUACGUGUGUGUUCACUGACAUUCUGUGGAGCAGCUAAUUUGAAAGUAUUAAAGCAAAACUGAAAUUCUCGUUUUACUCUCUCAAACAAGCAUCAAAAACUCAAAGACCACGAAAGAGAAAAUUUCUUGUUUGACCUAAAUUAUGGACACAAAGUUGAUAAGUGCGGACGUACAGUAACUUAUAAGUGGCGCAUGACAUAACUGUGUACAAGCGCUUGGAGAAUUUGCCAGACACAAGUUUAUCAUUCACAUUUCUUUGAUUGGAAACGAUUUAAAUUUUUCAGACACAAAUCUCUUUGAGGCCGUGAAUGUAAUUUACAGCUAAUCUUAGCUAAACAGAAAGAGUACGUUUAUGACUGUCCUGGCACCCCCACCUUAAUAUUAAACUACUGAAGAGAAACUUUGUUUAGUCAGUCUGUUUUUGCCUUAGUCGUUGCUUUUUGUUUCCUGUAGGCUGUAAAGAGCCAUAUGAGGCUGGUCUGCAAAUGUCAUGGAUUUUCAGGUUCGUGUUCACAUAGAACGUGCCUUAGAACCUUGGGACCGUUUGGUGCUGUAGGCGGGUAUCUUCACGACAAAUAUUACAACGCUACCAAAGUAACAGUCCAUCAGGACAAAAACCAGCUCGUUGUGGCCGAUAGAAAAAAUCGAGAACAGACCUUGAAAGAUGAUCUUUGGUUCUUGGUAGAGUCCCCAGAUUAUUGCGUGCCCAACAACAGCACCGGAUCGCUGGGCACCACGGGAAGACGUUGCCACAAGAACGUCUCGGAACCUGGGAAUUGCAGGAUUUUGUGUUGUGGGCGUGGCUAUAAUACCCUUCAAGUCCAGCAAAAGUAUGAAUGUUCAUGCAAGUUUCAUUGGUGUUGCCGAGUAAACUGCAACACCUGCGGUGGAAUAGUUGAUAGACACGUUUGCCGGUGAUUUGAGCGCAGCUUUACAAAAGGUUGUAAUCUAAACAGGCUUGCAUAGUCCUUAGGCCUUAAUAGUAGUCCCUAGGCCUUAAUUUAAAGGGCGACCUAUCAAUUUGUUUGGGUUACGCGCUUUGAGCUAACACGACGAGCUAAGGCGCCGGAAAAAAAUUUAGGCUAAUAACCGUAGCAGAGAUGUAAUAUAGGUAGUAUAAGAACUUAGUUUGCACCUACAGUUGAAAGUUAGAACGAGCGAGGUGUCGCUUAUAUUAUUUGCGGUUAGGAAUUUUCCGGCCCAUUGAAAAGAGAAAAUAUUUUUUUUAACGUAAUUCCAGAAACGUUAUUUGCGUGAUGUGGCACUUCUUUUCAAAAAUAAAUAAAUAAAUAAAUAAAUAAAUAAAUAUUAAAGAUGAAACAACAACAACAUGAUAUUAAUUUGAGGAGGACUCGGAAAAAAAAAUCCGAGUCCCAGAUGGAAUUUGAACCCACGACCCUCCGUGAUCUAGUCGGAUGCUCUAACCACUUGAGCUACUGGAGACUCUAUGGUGAGCAAGGGCCAAUUUGUGGGUCUCGACUGGAACCGCAUCACGCGGCUACACAGCCAAGUAAUGAUAGGCACACAAGAAGUGAAGAACUCACUAACAGAAAGUGCCUAUCAUUACUUGGCUGUGUAGCCGCGUGAUGCGGUUCCAGUCGAGACCCACAAACUGGCCCUUGCUCACCAUAGAGUCUCCAGUAGCUCAAGUGGUUAGAGCAUCCGACUAGAUCACGGAGGGUCGUGGGUUCAAAUCCCAUCUGGGACUCGGAUUUUUUUUCCGAGUCCUCCUCAAAAUAAAUAAAUAAAUAAAUAAAUAUAUAAAUAAACGGAGAUUACUGUACGCUGCACUAUUAAAGAUAAAAAAAGUUGAGGCAACUAGUCUUCUUCGUAAGUUGAAUUCACUGCAAAAGAAAAAAAGUUAAGUUAGCCACGAGCGGUCUAGACUGAGAGCAGUCUCUCUUUUUUCUUAGUCCGUCGAGCGAAACGUGCGAGAGACGAAAAUGACCACACGCGAGACUGAAGGCGCUAAGCGGGAGAGGCGCGAAAAAAGCCGUCCUCGUUUCAAGCGUCUCGCGGCUUUGCCUCUCGACGCUCGCGUGCGCGUGCACUCCCCUCUAUAAAUACGGAGAAAAAGAGAGACUGCUCGCAGUCUACGAGAGGUCUAAAUUUCUUCCUCCCCUCAAUUAUGAAGCCAGGAUGAAAUAUCGAAUAAUAUUUGGAGCCGAUAACUAAUCGCUCCCUGAUUAAAUACAUAAUACUUUAAAAAAUGCUUAAGCUUGCUGAGUUUGCGCUUGGGGAUGUGAAUAUUCUGCCCACAGAAAGCAACAGCUUAGAUAAGAGGUGACUACUCAGGUAAACUAGUAAUAAUUGCAAACUAGGGGAGUGUGUUCGGUAGGGAGGGGUGGUAAGGCAACGAGGAGGGGGAGGGGGAGGGGGAGUGAGAGGAGAAGGUAAGGGUGUAUAAGGAGUGAUAAGUAUGAUGUUAUAUCCUGGUUGUGAUAUUCAUUUGAUUUUUUACGUCUGGUUUUGAUCCAAAAACUACAAUCAAAACUCUAUAAUACUAACUCUAAACUCCAGACGUAAAAUAGAAAUAGAUCGCAGAGGUCAAUAGUCAAAAGUUGGCCUUCUUCAAUAUGGUCUCAGUAACUGAAAUCAGUGUUAUUCUCCCAUAUUGUUUGCUCUCCCACUUUGGAAUGCAUUGCCUCUUCAUUUUGCCUCAUAAAUACCAAAGCGUCCUUUAUAUUUCAUAUAUAUUUGGCUAAACCCUUGAGUAAACAAUAGGAUCGCAUCCACGAAAGCAAAAUUGUACAGUGUGCCGGAUACGUUGUUAAAAACCUAGAUAUGUGAUUAUCUUAAAAUGGAACUGUUCCUAUAAAAAAAAAAUACGGACAACGAAGCUCAGUUGUGAGGGAAAAGAGAUAAACAAUCCUCUCCUGUAAGCAAAAACUUGUCAAUGUUUCAUCUGUAGUAAACAAGCGAGGCACAAAAUAGAUACCAGUUCCCGGUGGAGAUAAAGCAUGAGAUCGAGGCUACAUGCGGCAGCCAGCCAGUUCCUCGGAGACCCAAGGACGGUCAGUCGGGCCGGGAGAAAAAGCGCGACGAACGUUUUCACAGCACAGGCGGAAAAGCCCCUGGGUACCAACUCUAACCGGACCAUUUCCAAACGGUCAAGCGAAUGCUAGGUCCUGAUUGGGCACAAAAAAGUUCCUUUCUAUUAUUGUGCCCUAUCGUCGAACAGCAUCUCCUGAGUUCUUUUCGUGAGUUCGUUCACGACGGCUAAUGACUCGAUCACGGCUUGUCUGGCUCAUGCACCAAAGAAAUUCAGCAGUCAGGAAAGUUUCAGUUUGAUAUAAACUCUCCAUUUCAAAUAGACUGCAAAACAGUCCUUAUUUUUGCGUAUUCAAAAGGUCUGGAACGAGGAUGAAAACGGAGAGUGAGACUGGGGAGAGACACUAAAAACGUCCCCAGCGGCGAAGAGCGAGGAGAAACGGGUGUUUUCGCAGGCUACAUAAAAACCCGCUGAAAUAACUAACUUUCAAUCUUAACUUUUUGGUUGAAGUGACAUAAAGGUCAACUUCAAAGGCCUAUAAAAAUCCUAGUAUCUAAAUUUACGUCUCAUAUUGUACAUCAGGUGAAAGCUUCAACUGUCGUUUUUGGCCCCAAAAAAUUAGCAUAAUGAAGCAGGCAGCCGUGGCACCACCCCUUUAAAAUGACGUGUUACACGUCAUUGAUGUCGCUAAAACAUUUAAGGCCUAAUGUUAUCAGGCUUAACAGUUAAUUACAUUUAGGGCAAAAAGUUAUCACAUUUAGAACUUCAUUACAUUUAGGACUUUAUUACAUUUAGGGUCGUUUAUUACCCGGCCUUCCUUUCAGGAAGAGACGGGUAUAGUUCUUGGUCGAGUUGUUCAAAGCUGGAUUAAGAUAACCCACGGUUAGUGCGAGAUUUGAAUUCAGAUUUGAAAGCUUUAAAAAGCAUUUCAGUUUUAAUUCUUUUUGUCUACAAGUUGAUGAUUGAAAGCUCUAAAUAUAACAGAGAAAGUUAUCCGAGAAAAUGCUUUUGAACAUAAGAAAAAGAAACCCGGGUUAAAUUUAACCCCGGGUUAAGCGCUAAUCGGCCUUCGAAAAACUGAGCCCUGGCCGUCGUCUAAUCGCCCUCUGCUCUUUAAAGCGCAUGCCUGUGCUGGUGAAACAUCACGUGAUCGAUUUCCGGCAAUUUCAUUGGCUUAGAGGCAAAAUCUCUUUGAACAAAGUCGAGAACAACACGCGUGAACACGGGCAGGCUUUUGUCAGUCGGUAGCGUUAACGUUUUGGUUUUGUUGCCUCUAUGAGUGAUCGACAAUUAUGUUGGUCGAAAUGUUUAGUGAUAUAGGUGUUGUCUAGAGAAUAAUGUAUCCCGGAACUGUCAGACAAACACAGUUGCACGAUCCGUUUAAUCGAGAUCGGCGUUAAAAAGGUGGGUAAUUUUCACUUUUUAUGUUUAGUGCAAGUCACGAGAACUUAUAUAGCAGUUGAAGAAACACCAUUGAGCUUUGUUUUGGCGAGUAAGAGUGUACCGAGGUGCAAGGAAGAGGCAGUUUUGUAAAACGUCAGUGGCACCCAACGUCAAUUUUCGGAAAAUAUCUGUUCUGAAGACGCAGUUUGAGAUCUAGAAUUUUCGGAACAUUUGUUGUAAAAUUUCAUGCUUGCCUGCCUCUCCUAAGAUUUUCGAACAUCUAAGAAGUGGUGGAAUUGCCCAGUUUUAACGGAUUUUUACCCUAAAAAGGUCACCUAGAACUUUCGGGAGCCUUUUUUUCUGGCUGAAAUUUUCGAAAAGGUAAGUUCCGGGGCACCCAACGACAAUUUUCGGAAAAAUAUCUGUUCGGAAGACGAUUUGAGAUCUACAAUUUUCGGAACAUUGGUUGUAAAAUUUCUUGCUUGCCUGCCUCUCCUAGGAUUUUCGAACAUCUAAAAAGUGGUGAAAUUGCCCAUUUUUAACGGAUUUUUACCCUAAAAAGGUCACCUAGAACUUUCGGCAGCCUUUUCUCUAGCUGAAAUUUUCGAACAGGUAAGUUUUGAUCCCUAUAAUUUUCGGAUCACUAGACUUUCAGCUAGGAAAUCCGAACAGAUGAAAAAUCUAUAGGGGAUAAAAAUAUGCCCAUAUCCACUGUUUAAAAACUAAAACACGUUUAACAAUUCUAUGUUUAAGGGGCUUUGAACUAUAUUCUCGUUGGGUGUCCCUGUAAGUUUUGAUCCCUAUCAGGAGCCCAUAAUGGGCUCCUGUCUCUAUAAGUUUUGUCUCUAUAAGUUUUGGAUCACUGGACUUUGGAUUUUCAGCUAGGAAAUCCGAACGGAUGAAAAAUUUUUAGGGGAUAAAAAUAUGCCUAUAUCUACCGUUUAAAUACUAAAAUACGUUUAACAAUGCUAUGUUUAAGUGGUUUUGAAGUAUAUUCUCGUUGGGUGCCCCUGAAACGUAUGGACCGUUUUUGUGCUAAAUAGUACGUACGACUUGACUGUUCGAUCUGUACAAACACGUCCACGUCACUGUAAACACCUUAUAAAUGUUAUGCUUUAUAGCUUUUAUCUCAAAGCAGUAAGACACAUUAGAAAAUUUAAAAGUAGAGAAAUUGCUCUGAUUUGUAAUAUACCAUAGUUUGCACCUAGUUGCAGGAAAGUGGCAGUAAUUUUCAUUCAUCAAAACAAACAAACCUGACUGUUCAUCUCAGAAGUUUAUGCUUGGUCCAAGUCUUGUGCUUCCCGGCUGUGUCGUGUAAAAACGGAAACUUACUAUAUCGAGGGAAAGAAAUAUUCUUUGACUUUUUUUGGCAUAUAUGGAUUAACUUGUAUCGAGCUCGCAAGGAAGCGGCAGGUUUGUAAAGCACGUAGCGUUGUUUGAUGCUAAAAUUCGACAUGAUUUUGAUUGAUCAAACAACAUCUCAUUGUUAAAUUAAAUCAAAGGUAUUAAAGCUUAUCUGAGCUCUUUUAAAAGUGGGCGAUUGCUUACUAUCGAAUUUCGAUCUUGCAAAACUCCAUUUUGAUCGAUCCAACAUUAUUAGAAAUUUCAAAAUUAUCUAUGCUAGAAAUUUUUCUCUUUGCUGUGUUCAGCUACUGUACAUUCAAACUUGCAAUUAAAGAAUCGACAAAUCGAUUAUAAUAUUCUGUACUUAAAUUGGUUUCGGGAUUAUCCUCAACGAGGUACACAGUAUAGGUUUGGGUUUUCUGUGGUUACUUCUUUGCUUGUUGUUGAAUCUAUAACAAGGCAAUGAAAUAUUCACAUAUCCUUCAUUUAUUUACUUUUUUUUUUCAGAGAAGAUGAACUUGAUCCCAAAUCAAACAAUAAGUGCAGCAACACUUUUCGAAGUUUUCCAAUGAUGAAUUAACUAAAAGGAGAUGCCGGUAGUUUGUCUUUGAAGUACCUGUAUCAGAGUGACAACAAUAUGAAUAAAGAUCUUACUCCUUUGUAGUAAUUUAGCAUGUACAAUAAUCACUUCAGCAACCAAAACAAAUUUAAAAUCCUUACAUAAUUAUUCCAGCCAUUAUGUUCUCUUCCUCUUCAUACAGGGUGUUAUUUCAAAGUUUUUUCCCUCAAAAUAUUAGUUUACUACCUAACAUUGUGACUGUAGCUCAUGCUAAUUUAAAGAAAAAGAAAACUACUGCAACACUACAUUGAAGCAUUAUGCAGUCAUGGUCAAGUACACCCCUUUGGAACGUUCGAGUCUUUCCAGUCUGAUUUGCUAUCCGGUAGUAUGUUCCAUUUAUUCAUUAUCAAUUCUUCAUCAAAGUUCAUAUGGGUUGUGGUGCAUUACUGCAUAGCGCACAUUUUCCCCCGGCGCUCUACCAUUUUAUGAACUAAAAGAAGGCCGGGUUCACGCACUCGUGCGUCUUGUUACAUUUAAGUCUACACGAGUAACCUAAGAAAAAUAUGUACCAGUGAAUGUUUCGGAAUGAAUCUAGCAUUUUCAUAAGCUUUGCUGUCACCUGAAUUAAAAGUUUAAAGUAAAGCAGGGUUAAAUUUUUAGUCAUAUAACAUCUGCGCUCUUUCUUUUCUUAAGCCUAAUUUAGAUCCAAGACUCCCCAAAAUUUCUUGUUGUGUGAUUUAUUAGCCUGCGUAGCAGGUGAGGUUAGAGUCUCAAUGGGGUGGUAGUAUUUUCGCACAGGCAGGUACCUAUUUUUGCUCAGAAAGCGUCUAAGAUCUCGAUCUGUCAGGAAGUUUGUUUGGAAGUUUUCAGCAGUUCUCAGGCCCCGCCACAUAGCCCCCUAUGACUCGCGAAGUGAAAUGGCGGUCAAAAUGUUUUCAGAAUUUUUUGAGCCCUAAGAAAGUCUAUGAUUCUUUCUGAACGCGCUUUCAAAGGAAAUGGCGAUAAACUUGUCAUAGAGUUCCUUAGCACUCUUGAAUCUGCGACCUCUUGGUUUAAUAGACAUUCCUGAGGGUUAUAUACUAGGCUAGUGUGGUCGAAAGUGGGAUGCGAGUGCAAGGGACAUAUACCAAACAAGUUUUCCUAAGCAAUGUAGUUGGGCAUGAUAUAUAACUGUUUUUGUCAAUCCUACGACCGGUAAUGAAGCUAGCCGUAUCAACAGAACGAUGGAUAAUUACAGAAAUACGCCGAUAAUUUCGGUGCUCCUGGUGCUGACGUAUUCCCUGUUCACAGAUGUCUCUCUAUAAAGCUGUUUUUAAUGCAAAAGAUUGUCUUCAAUGCUGUUAAAAUAACAAAAAAAAUAACAAGAAAGAGAGUACGGGUUGAUCAAACCUUUUAAAAUUCCUAAUUUGUGAACGAUAUCUGCAAAAUCACGCGGUCAUGUGACAACCAAUCAGGGGUCGGUUGCUCGAAGCCUGGUUAGCGCUAACCGUUGGUUAAGAGGUGUGAAAAUGUAUAGGUUUCCAUGGUAUUUAAUGCUGGUUAGCACUAACCAUGCUUCGAGCAACCCGGGCCUGAUGAUUAAUUAACCCCCCCCUCCCGCCCCACCACACACCUUUUUUCCGGAAUCGUCUUUGUGAAAAGUCUGCUUUCAAUUUUUUUUUACUUGCAGGACAGGCAUGUAUGUAUACACAGAAUAGAGAGACGCUACUGAAAACCUCCCUGUUGAGUUGGGUUCCUCUCAUUAAUUAUUACAGUGUAUUAUCACUAUUAUUUUUAAACCGAAAAUAUUUUUUGAAGGCGUUAGUUUUGAAAUUGAAAUUUGGCGAGAUAACUGAGUAUUUAUUACUUCUACUUUCGAAAGCUGAAAAGAAAAGGGCAACCAAACUUUUGAUCAUAGUAGCACUUUAACUGGCGGAUGAAAAACUGACAAAAAAGUUAGAAGACUUAGUGCCUGAGGCUAGAAGACAUUUUUCAAGAAAAGUCUAGUCAAUGCAUUUCAAGACCCGACAUUUGAGUGUUUACGAAUAUCCCUUUGUUGAUAAACCAACUCUUAUCAAUUAUACUGUGACUCUUGCUCUGAUACAUACUCUUUUAAAACUACCGCCUCUGAAAUGGGGUUUGCUUAUAUAGAGCCGACGACGACCAUUUUCUUGAUUGGCUGUUAAAAAACCGGAUGCGAAUUCAGUAAACUGUAUCUUAUAUAAUGUUUCAUUAUUGUCAAUCAUGAAUUGAUACUUGGCAUGGCUGAAAGAGCAAGAAUGCUUUUCACUGAAUCGGAAAAGCUCAUUGUCUCGCGAUCGUUCAGUUUUGAUCAUUCAGACGCGAGCGAGAUUCUUUUUAAACUGCGUACAAGAAUCACCCGCAGGACAUACGUGUAAAAGAACAUGCAGAACUCGACCUGCUUUUACGCUGUUUUUCUGUUAUCAUUUCCAUUACUUUCUUGUUCUCAUUGGUGGUAAGUUUAAACGUCUUAAUGAUUAUUAGAAUUUAGCUCAUAAGUGAAACCGUUUGCGCAAUAGUUAAUUUGCACGUUUGUUUCAAUAGGUUUAUGUCUCAAGUGGGCGACUUUGAUGCCAAGGUAAUGUGUAGCGUGGCUGGCUUAAACAAGGAACAGAGACAAUUUUGUGAAGGAUAUCCUGAUAUUGCGAUCAGUGUUGGAAAGGGUGCAAAACUUAGUGUAGCCGAAUGCCAGAAACAGCUCAAGAUGGAAUUAUGGAAUUGUUCUACAAUUUCUCGUGAUGUCCGCCUUUUCGGUAAAGUUCUCCUAAAAGGUAAAAGAAUUUCUUAAUUGCCGUAGUUCAGCACGAAAAAAUUGUACGGAAUUUAAAGGAGAAUGUUAAAAGAAGAAUAUAUCUCGGGCUAAUAAUGGUUAAAAAUGUUUAAGUGCCCUGGGCCCAGUUGUUCGAAGGCCGAUUAGCGCUUAACCCGGGGUUAAAUUUAACCCAGGGUUCUUUUUCUUGUGUUCAAAAGCAUUUUCUCGGAUAAUUUUCUGUGCUAUUUUUAGAGCUUCCAAUCAUCAACUUGUAGACAAAAAGAAUUAAAACUGAAAUGCUUUCUAAGCUUUUAUAUCUGAAUUCAAAUAUCGCACUAACCCUAGGUUAUCUUAACCCAGCUUUGAACAACUCGGCCCUGUUCGACAAGGCAAUUUCUCCUGGGACUUGCAUUUGUGCGACAAGUUGCCAAGUCCCUGUCUAUUUGAAUAGCCCUUGAAAUUCUUGAUUUUGUCUUGCAGCAUUUUUUAUCUUGCUCCAUGCAAGGCUAUGUGUAGCGAAAACGUUGAGAAAUGCUUAUUUCAGUGGUUCUACACUAGUACACUACCCAGGGAAGGGCCCCCUUAUCUUAGGGUCUGGAUGACCGGGUACCUCCUUAUCUGAAAGCCUGGAUCCGCCGCCACUACGCCAUUAACUAGAGCCCAUAGGCUCCUGCUAUUAAUACAUUUUUCUUACCCUUGCGAGAAAACCGUGAAUCGUCUACGGCAACCUCUCUCCACAAAUCGUUGUUUUUUAUGUCCUCUAAGUGUUCACACAAAUUUCUCGUUUCAUUGUUUUCUUCCUGAUUCAGUUUUGACAUUGAAAUGUUGUGGCUUUUUUUAGCUUCCCGAGAGACCGCCUUUGUCUAUGCUAUAACUUCCUCUGGAGUUGUUCACGAAAUUACAAAAGCUUGUGCUCGUGGUUUACUGAGAGAAUGUGUUUGCAAUAAUACACAACAUCAAGGAAAAAAUGGUCGAGGCUUCCAUUGGGGUGGUUGCAAUGACAACAUUGAAUACGGUCUGAAAUACGCCAGUGAGUUUAUAGAUUCUCAAGAAAAGGAACAAGACGCCAGAGCAAAAAUUAACCUUCACAACAACUUUGUGGGGCGACAUGUGAGUAAAUCAUCUAAUACACCAUUCCACGAUUUUUUCAAUAUUUGACUGGGAGCAAGAGAGAUUGAGCUGGGACCAGUUAGCGAAAAUAUCAUCAACACGGCUGGAAAGAACGACUUAAAAUCAACAAAGUUGCCAAGUUUGAAAGUGAUUUAUUGAAAACUUACAAAGAUACAGCUCCGCAAAGGCGCGUUAUUUUACGAGACGUUUGUAUGGUGGGGGGCAAGUUCGUGCCCCCACCACAAACGUCUGUAAAAUUUCGCGACUUUGUGGACCAAUAUCUUCGCUCUCUUUGGUCUUAUCUCCUUUAAACUUGGUAAGUUACCUUUAUUUUAAGGUUCUCUUUCAGGCAGUGUCGAUGGUUAUUCGCUUACUGCUCUUUAUGAAAAGUUGCAGGGAAAAAACUGUGGAAGGGUCUCAGAUGCCUUUAGGCUCAGAAAGACGUGGUUUCUGAAGAAUGAAUCGGAUGAUCCGAUGCAUUCUUCGGAAACCACGUCUUUCUGAGACUAAAAUGUUUGAGGCUAUUUGUUUUUGCCCCUGAAUUGCCCGGCCUCACUAGCCUUUGCUAUGAAUACUUCUGAGGGUAAAUAAAGUUAUCAUUAUCAAGUUUUCAUCUUAUGUUUCUUUAAUUGUUUGUUUGCUUUUGUAUGAAAAAACACCUUGUCCCAAAAAAUUUCUGAUAGUUUGGUUCGAUUGUGGUCAGUAAGACAUAUUAGUAACACUGAGUACGUGGUAAACCAUUUUCAUGCAAUUUUCACCUUUUUACUCAAUCUUCUGUCUUUAGUUCUCUGCUCUUGAUCACACCCUCAGGCUAACGGCUAACUGCGAUAAAUUCAAAUUUUAAAGCUUUGUGCCCGAUUCUUCUAAACGAGUUUCCUUAACAUUUUAUUUUCCACCUAUUUUUGACUACUUUUUCGGUGUGAACGGGCCUCUCCGUCUAAAAACUGAAGAAAUCACAAUACGUUUGCCCAUAUUAAGUCCUGAAUAUUCUGUGGCGUAUUUUGUAUAUUGUGCAGAGAGGUUUGAAAUCUCAAUCAUAACGUCUUCGAAACAAACAUAAUAAAGGAAUCAUAUAAAAAUAGUUUAGUUCUUAUCUAUUUAAAUUAGAAUCGUUUAGUGGCGCUAUUAAUUCCCCUGCAUGUUUUCAAGCCCUCGCCAUGUUUCUUUUUUUCAGAUGUAUGCACGAGAAACUUCAAAACAAAAUCGCCAAUUCCCUUCACUGCAAUCAGUUCAAAAUGCCGGCCAGUUAUAACACUCAAUAAGACGUGAUCAUUUAUACGCACGGUCCCAAACCACUUUCAAUUAACUCAAGUGCUUUCCCAAGAAGCCUAUUUGCCUCGAGUACUCACUUGUUUACAAUCAUAGCUAUAGGUCGGAUACUUUCAUGUCUGUAUAUAAUACACUAUGUAUAUAAGUACUGUCGUCUUGACGCCUCCAUUGAAAAACCUUAAUCAAAUCACGGUCUAGUGAAGUCCCUUCAUUACAAAAUUACCUCUUAAUUAAAACAAACUUACUUUAUAUGAGAAUUAAACUCUCCGAGGAAAAGAUUUUCCCUAUUGGGAAUGCAUGAGGUCUUUUUUACUAAGCGUAAUCAAAGGAAGUACUUUGAAUAAACUGAGGCCUUAUUAGUUGGGCUACAUUAAAUCCCUUCAUUUCGUGGGAAAGCCGCUUUUUCCCAUUAUCGUGGCAUUUAUAUUCCAUUGUUUUCAUAACAGAUUUAACGAACUAUAAAAUCACCAUGAAAUCAGCGUUUUUAAUGCGUUUCAAAAUUCUUGUCGCUAAAAAUAGCCGUAUUGGAAUGUCGGAUAUUUGUGAUGGUACCAUGGGUCACUUCUCCUAUGUUACGUGCGAGCUUAGUUCUGCCCUGUAAAGUUCCUGCUAAAGUUAUUUUUAAAGCAAGAAAUUUCCUCCCUUUUGUCAACACCCUAGGAUUGUUUUAGAAUACGGAUGCGAGGGUCAUGGCCCAGGGUAGUGCGGUUUCUUGAAAGACAUCACAUACAGAUAAUGGUUGAAUGUUCGCAAAAAUAUGAACAUGUGUUUGAAUGACAGAAACGGACUUACACAAUCUUAGUUUAUUAGGAUCUGACAUCACAAUUUUAUUACCUUUUCUUCUUUCGCGGAACGGAAAAAAGGCAAAAUUCUACUCCUACUGAAUUUUUCUGCGUCCCGCCAUGAGCAUUUUAAGCGACAAAUUUCAUUGGUCAGAAAUAGCCACGUGACAGCUGUCCAACCUCACAGGGUUCUACUUGUCGUCUUUAACUUUCAGACACAAUUUUAGAAUAUUUCAUCCGUCUUUCAUCAUCUUUGGGUUUUUGGUUGGAUUUACGAUUCGUUUUUCCGUUUCGUGCGUGCCGAAAUGCAUCCAAAUGUUCAGUCCGGUUGUAUGGAAAUGACAGUUAACAGCACCAAACUUGUCAGUGAGUACUACGGAAACACGAACAUGACGAAAUAUAGCUAUAAAAAAUAUCUCGAAAGAAACAUUGUUUAGUCAGUAUCCUUUUGGCCGAGUUGUUUUCAUAAGAGAUACAGUCGAACCUCCAUGUACGAGCACCUCUCGGAUCGUAAGCGACGAUUUUCCAUAAGAGACCACUUAUCCAAAACACCAAAAAUUUUCCCAGUCAAAGCCUACAAUGGAAACCUGUCGUAAACGACCACCUUUCGUAAAGUGGCCCCGACUUGCCGCCACCACUUUUGGAGCAACUAUUUUUACAAUUUUCAUUCUUUUUAACCUCUUGUAUGUACUAUGUUCGCUGUAUGUACUAUCGCCUUCUCAGAUCAUACAAAGAACUUUUGGUGAUAUAAACAUGGAACUGAACACUGUAUCAUAACUUAGAAAUUGCUUACAAUGAAUUCUCUUCCAUAAGUAAGAUGUGUCGGGACCUAUUCUCGGAAGAGACCCCUUGUGGUUGGACUCCCGUACGCGACCACCUCCCGUAAGCCACCCCUAAAUCUUGGCAUUUUGGAUGGUCGCUCACAAGAGGGUUCGACUGUGUUUCUUUUUGCUUUAUGUAGGCUGUGAAGAUCCAUAUGAGACCGGUCUGCAAAUGCCACGGAAUUUCAGCUUCUUGCACGUAUAGGACGUGUUACAGAAUGGUAGGGCCGUUUGGUGUGGUAGGUGCGUAUCUUCGUGGAAAAUAUUACAACGCUGUCAGAGUAACAAUCCAUCAGAGCGAAAACCAGCUCGUUGCGGUCGAUGGGAAAAAUACAGAAGAGUUAUUAAAAGAUGAUCUUUGGUUCUUGGUAGAGUCACCGGACUAUUGCGUGCCCAACAGCAUCACGGGAUCGUUGGGUACCACGGGAAGACGCUGUUACAAGACCGCCCCAGGUCCCGGGAAUUGCAGGAUUUUGUGCUGUGGGCGCGGCUACAAUACCUUUCAAGUCCCUGAGAGCUACAAUUGUACGUGCACGUUUCAAUGGUGUUGCCGAGUAAACUGCAAGACUUGUGAGAGAGUAGUUAAUAAACACGUUUGCCGGUGA